GGUGUUCGUCCACGAGCAAGCUCACUUCAUUGAUAGCAUUCGAUCGAGACGGUACCCGGUGCAGGGUUAGAGUGUGAAUCGUGUGUCGGACCGGCGUGUGAAGAAUUUUGAGAGCAAUAGAGAGAGAAAGAGAGAGAGAGAGAGUGAUACAGUGUGUGAAAAAAGGAUUCGUGUGUGAUUUCAGAAUCAAGGAACGAAAGUGCGUUCAGGACAUUGUGGAUUUAAGAAAUACAAGAGACAGUGCUGAAAAGGAGAUCAAUUCGUGACGAUGGAGUACAAGAGCAGUAAGAUGGUGAAUUCGCUACGGCUGGUGUUGGUGAUAGUUUGUCUGGUUAGUCUUGUACCACACAUCGCGGCAAGGCCGUCGAGCGUGCGACACAGCAAACAAUUGCGUCUCAUGGAUCAUCUCCUGCACAGCAGGACAGCCACGGCCGAAAGGACCCACCAGCGCAACCAUCAGCACCAACGGCGAUCCACAGAUUAUGAGGAUUACUACGACGCCGAUUACAAGCGAGUGCAACAGUGUUAUGAAGAUGAGGACAUAAACGAGCUGUGCCAGCGCUGUUCGAAGGUGACGAAAUCUUCGAUAGUGUUCCCAAUGUGCUGCAACAAUGAGGAUCACACGAUGACAUGGUGCAAAGAGUACGUUUACUAUGGGAUACAAACGUAACCGGCCCGCGGCAGCCGUGGACAGCUCUCCCAACCCCUUGAAUAGAAUUUCUCGUUCCAAGUUCCAUCUGCAAUUACUACUAGCUAGCUAGCACUACUUUACGUUUGGAAACUUACCUUCACGAUAGUAUUUAUUAUUGAUAGUUUACAUCAUUCAUUGCGCCAUCGGUUAUUUAUUCACAGCAAAAGCGAUCGUAUGUGUCACCUCAUCGUUUUGUUUUUAAAUAUCUCAUACAGCACGCCAUCGUACUGUUGCUCGUCCGUAAAGUCCUUUAAUUGUAACUGUGAUUGUAUGUAAUGUCUAUUCACCUUUCGGCAAAUGUAGCUCAUAAGGGGAAAAAAAAAACAUUGUAAAGAAUCAAACAAAACAUAUGAUACUUACCGAGGAAAGGAAAGGUACUUAGCCUUGAACAAAGUAUUUCACGCAAGAUGUUCACGAAAGCUUGCAGGCGAUUAGUUACGACUAAUUAGGUAAAAAAUAAAGCUUUUUUUAAUGUGUAC